GGUCGGCCAGAGGCAGCGCCAAGAGUUCUGAGGUGAAAGGCGUCAAGAAGGGCGUCUUGAAACGUAAGCCCGACCAGCCCAUGAAGCUUUCACAGGCUUUUCGCGCGGCAGCAAAGCAAGGUAUCAAGCUCCUGGGCUCCGUCAAGUGCAUGCGCAAGUCCUGCUCCACAACGCCAGACAAGGUCGAGAAGUGGGGCGCUUACGAAGAGAGUAAAGCCAAAGAUGGGACCUGGCUCUCGAAACCCACAGGGCCCAUCUGCGGAGACUGCCAAGACCACUGCUGGUUUGGGUACGAGAACGUAGGUACACCGCAGGAAGUGCUCCAGAAGUGCAACGGUGAUAAGGACUUCGACACUGACUUCUCCAUUUCGCUUCGCUUGAGGAAGAAACGCCUGCAGCUUUUCUACCCGUCCAACGUGUGCCGCAGUGAGAAGCGUUCCUUCAAGGCCAUCUCGCGGUAUCGAGGUCUCCGCCCAACCGAGUUCGAACGGAUCUUCAAGAAAUCCCCUGUCGAGGCGGGUCGUAAACUUCAGGACUUGUUUGACCCCCACACGAACGAGAAGUGCAAGGGCGUGCUGCUGAAGGACAGCACGCAGAUCGACCCGUCUAUUGGCAUCGAGUACGAGAUGAGCUUUGAAAUCGAGACGAGCGAGACAGAGUUCAAGCUCCACCAUUCGCAGCAGCGGCGACAGGCCCAGGCUCGCGAGUACUUCGAUGAGAUGAAUCGCCCAUCAGGCCUCGAGUGCGAUGAGGCCAGGAAGCUCCGCCUUUGCUCCGACACGCACGAGGAUAUCAAGGCCCACAUCGAGGCUGGAGGAGUCGAAGUGCCUGCAGAGGAAGAUGAGGACCUUGCAGGAGAUGAUGACCAACAGGAUGAGGAUGAUGCGGUUCCUGGCGCCGCCAAGAGCGAGGCUGGCGGCGAGGGGUCCAUCGCGCAGUCGCCUGCGAUCAGGGGCUUCUCGAACCAGCUCGUGGUAGACAACGUCGCGAUUUACACGGUGAAGAAGGUAGCGACGGCGGUCUCAAAGGGCGCACCUUUGCCCCUCAAGGGCAAUUGGAUCGCCCUGAAGGUUCACAUGGCGCUUGGCGCCGAGCAGCUGCAGGCGUUUGACGACGCCGCGUCGGAAACUGGUUUAGGACAAAAGGCGGACAGUGCAACCGCGCGGAUCGACGGCAUCAACCUCGCCGUGAUUGCAGCAGGUGCAAAGCGUUUCGGGCACAGGCGCGUCAGGAUGGAGAAGCUGCGCGACGAGAUGUCGAGCAGCGACAACAAGAACAAGCGGAUUGAUGCUGCUCGCUUCACUAAGCGGCUGGAGCUCGCAGAUAUCGCCGAGGAUUGCUCCAAGGUGGAAAACAUCAUGGCCUGGGAGAAGCAAGUCCUAGAGAAGAAGAUUCAAGAUUUGGUGGCUGCGGACAUGAACUUCCCUGUGACGUUGGCUGGGAACCUGGUGGCCAGGGAGCUGCGGGAGAUCGGCGAGCAGGUCGUCGCGGAUGGGGUCAACAUCGAGGACUUUUUCCGCGUCGGCCUGCCGUGGGACGUCUCGGCGGUGGAUGCGGAGGACCAGCCCAUCGACCAAGACUCGGAGUUCAACCCUCUGCACCCUAUGGCAUUCAUGAUCCCGUCCGGGACGGGAGUCGUUACUACGAACUUCGAGAAGUGGUGUUUCACUUAUUUCAUCGCGCCGAUUGCGCGUGCCACCGACAACAACACCCAGCAGAAGAUGAUGGACAUUCUUGCAGAAGGAGAAAAGCACAUGUUGAACCAGCCCUCAGAUACCGAUGAGGCUAUCGUGAACUCUAUUUCUGAAGUGGUGAAAUCUUCGCGCGCGAUUCGGAGCCUCUUGGCCCCACAGAAUGCAAUGCUGGCCAAGGCGCUUGAGGCAGUCUCGGCGGCCACGGCAACAGAUACUUCAGGAGGAACUUGGCAGGGCGUCGCCCACAACACCUGGGCUCUGCUGAAGGACCUGUCGUACUUCAAAGUUUACAUCGUCUCUUUCCGUAUGACCAGGGCCACGCACGCUGACAGCGCGUUGAAGAUGGCAGAGCACCUGGACAAUAUCAACUUGUGCCCCACCGAAGUCGGCAAGGUCGAGGGGCACGCGAGGGCCUUGGCGGAUUUCUCCACCAUCAAGAAAAACACGCGCGCAGGGACUGUGUCUCAGUGGGAGUCUACGUUGUCCAGCAUUGCCGACCGGGGGGCGCAACUUCUGAGCAGCGUGCAGAAGGGCGAGUCGCAGGAGUACAACCUCAACAGCGUCCCAUCUUUGCAGGGCACGAUGCACGUCGUGGAUACUUACAGGCUGUUCUUCGAUGCCUUGCGGAAAUCGGGGUUGAAGAUGAAGGCGUCUUGGGAUGCAGCCGCAGAGAUGACGCACGAUAGUGGGGCACGCGCUGGCGCAGCGAUGUCCCGUGAGAUGUUGAAGCCGUUCAUGAACAAGGUAAAGGGUAGUGAUAUUGUCAACGAUGAGGAGAAGCUCGACGAGUUGGCGGCGAAACUGCUAUCCGUUCUCACGUCCUCCGACGUGUCCGACCUCUACAGCGAAGAGCUCUCCAAAGAUGUCAAGCGUGUCAUCCAAGAGAUCAUCGGCGCCGUUACGUUCGAGGUGAAGCCAGGUACUAUGACGUGCAAGGAGGCCCAGUUACCCUCGGUGAUUGACAAGCUGUCGGAGUUCGUACCGAAGAGCGGCGAGGAGAAGGCAGAGUUGCACUGGGUAUCUAAGUUUGUCGAUGAUAUGGUGCAGUUGGUAUCCAAGAAGGCGGAGAUCAUCGACGCGGGUGGUAACGUGGCGGACAGGAUGAAGGACGACCGCUGCCAGGAGCUACUUCAGUCCGUCGCAGGAAUGGCCAAAACAUUGACGGCAUUGAAGGUAAAGGUUGGGGGCCAAAGCGAAGUCAGUUUGCCUGCUGUUAGCGAUAAGCACCUCGAGGACACGAAGCAGUUCGUGGCUGACCAUGCACCGUGCUUGUACAACUCCAUGAAGGAGACGAUUGCUACGUUUGUCGACGCCCCGUACGACAAGGACUCGCCGCCCUCGGAGAGUGUCAAAAUGGUGGCUCGUGGUAUCCUGCUGGAGCCCAGCCACGAGAAGUGGAGUGACGCACUCAAGACGGGCACCAUCGAGGAGAUCAUCGCCAUUGCGAAGAAGUCGCUCAUGGUACUUAAGGUGGACUCAUACAACAAGGCGUGCGCUGAGUUGGGUGCGAAGUUGCAGACAUUGAAGUUCACUCGCGAGUACUACGACAUCCAGGUUGACGACACGCUCGAGAAGGAUUACACGAAGCUCUGCGAUGGCAUGCAGCUCACUUGCAAAGAGUGCGUGCUGGCGGCGCUGCUCGUCAAGUACCACGGCCAGGACACGAAGCUCAAGACCGCGCUCAACAGGGAGAAGGGCGCCCUCAAGAAGAGCAAGCAUUGGGAGCUGGUCGAUCCCAAGCUGCAG